GCUGCCGUCGUUCGGGGCUUGGAGUUGACGUCGACGCCGAUGCUGAUGCCGACAAGUUAAUUGCUGCUCUGGUUAGCCACACAACGUAGGACACUGUCGCCAGCCGCUGGCCUACUUCCAAUUUCUCUCUAUUGCCUCUACCGGCACCAUGGAUAUCCACCGCUGCCGCUUCGUGCCGUACCCGACGUCCGCGAUAAACACCCUCUCCUUCAACAGACCUUACAUCGGCCCCGGCGAGAAGUCCCAAAAGUCGAUCCCAGUCCGCCUGGCAGUGGGUCGCGAGAAUGGCGAUAUCGAGAUAUGGAAUCCGCUAGAUGGCGUCUGGCACCAGGAGACCAUCAUUCACGGCGGCGUCGGUCGCAAGACGGACGCCCUGGUUUGGGCCACCGAGCCUGAUGUCCCGCUCGCCGAGGGCGGAGUCGCGUUUGGCAAAUCGAGGCUGUUCAGCAUUGGCGGUGGAGCCACAGUUACGGAGUGGGAUCUUGCCAAGGCGCGCCCGAAAGCGCACGCAAGCGGUCAGCACGGAGAUAUUUGGUGCCUGGGUCUGCAGCCUGCGCCUGAGGGGCAGAGCUCCUCUCGGUUGGUGGCGGGUACUGGUGACGGGUGCUUGGUGCUAUAUUCUAUCGAGGAUGAAGAGCUGCGACUGCAGAGAGUUCUGGUCAAGAAUCCCCUCAAAAAGGUGCACUUCGUCAGCAUUGCCUUCCAGUCGCGCCAUGUUGUCGUGGUCGGCUGCUCUGAUGGUAGCAUUCGCAUCUUCAACACACGCAACGGAUCCGAAAUUCGCAAGAUGACGCUUGGUCGGGAUCUCAUCGGCGGCGCUAAGGAUGUCAUCGUUUGGUGCGUCAAGGUUUUGGCGAAUGGAGACAUCGUUUCUGGAGACUCGACUGGUCAGGUGUGCAUCUGGGACGGCAAGACAUACACUCAGGCUCAGCGCAUCCAGAGUCAUAGUCAAGAUGUGCUCAGUCUUGCUGUUAGUGCGGAUGGCACGGCGAUCUUCAGCGGAGGUAUGGACAGGAAAACCAUCCUCUACAAGCGCCUUGGAGGACACAACUCGACUCGUUGGUCCAAGGUCUUCCACCGAAGGUACCAUUCUCACGACGUCAAGGCUCUCGCUGCCUUUGAAGGACGGGGCAUGAGUGUAGUAGUAUCUGGAGGAUCCGAUGCGAGCCCAAUUGUCAUUCCUCUGAGAGAAGCAGGCCUGGAGAACCACAGACAACUCUCACAUCUACCACAGUCCACUCCCCUCGUCAGUGCUCCAAAGGCAAGGCUUGCCUUCAGCUGGUGGGGUCGGGAGAUACAUAUUUGGAAGGUCCCAGAACGAUCUUCCGAUUCGACUGGAGACGUCGAUAGUGAUGGAGUUAAACCCCCGAGAACCCUGAAAAGGAUGCUCAUCAAGGGAUCUUCGGACAUAGUAUCGGCAGCCAUCAGCGAUGACGGUGCUCUUUUGGCCGUAUCGACAGUCGCCGAAAUCAAGUUGUUCCGACUGUCAGUCGAGAAGCAAGGCCUCAACGAGGAUAAGGAUGAGCUUACAGUCACCCGAGUAGUCUUGCCUGAGACUAUUGCCAAUCUGGGUGCCUCUCUCGUCCAAGUCUCCCCCGAUGGCAAGUGGAUGUGCCUAGUACGGGAAGGUAGCGAGGUGUCUAUCCUUCGGGUUGACAUUGACGGUUCCCAGAACCAACUACAACUGGUCACCACCCCAAAACCCCAAAAAUUGAGAAGAUUCAAGCGAGAAGCGAUCAGUCACAGUCUGCAUUUCGGCCUGGGUGGUUACCCAAGGCAAAUCACACACGCAGCGUUUGCUCCCGACAGCGAGAUGCUUGCUACGGCCGACCUAUCAGGCUUCAUCGAUACCUGGGUUCUCAACAGCGACGGUACAAAGACAGCAAGCAACCAAGAUGACGCGUCUUCCUCUUCCGACGAGUCCGAUGAUGACGAGGAGACCACUACAGCCAAUGUGGGGUCAUGGAUUCGUAACCCCAAGGGCGCCCUUAUCCCGAAGCUCCCCAGCGCGGUUACCGUUCUUUCAUUUUCGAACACGGUGCCAAGUAGUCCGGACAUUGACUACGAGUUGCUGGCAGUGACGACCGCAUCAUGGGUUUUCGUUUUCCAUCCCAGCAUCGGGACGCUGACGCCAUGGACACGCCGUCACCCCUAUGGCAAGCUGCCUGAGGCUUUCAGAGCCAACAGGGACCUCAUCAAGGGUGCCCUGUGGCAAGGAUCACGGAUAUGGCUGUACGGCGCGUCGUCGCUCUUCAUGUUGGACAUGACGCACGACCUCUCAACGCCACAGGCGGGCGGGUCUCAGGACCUCAAGCCAGGCACCAAGAGGAAGCGAGAUGUCCACUUCAGCGGCGCUGGUAACAGGAUGGGCAUCGGUGCGUUGGACUCAGUCAAGAUCCAGAAAACAACCGGAGCCACCGGCGAAUGGAUUGACCUUGAGCUGGAAGAUGCCUCCAACGGCAGACGGCAGCCGGACGACGACGAUGACGAGUCUGAUGGUGGCGAGCUGCAAAGCCUGCGGGCGGCGGAGGAGGACGAUGACGAGGAGGCCGGGAAGACCAAGGCUGCUAGUGCGGGGUGGUGGCACACGUACAAAUACCGGCCAAUACUCGGUGCCGUGCCGUUGAAGCCCUCUGGUGAGCAAGAUCAGGGACAACUCGAGGUGGUGCUGGUAGAGAGACCUCUUUGGGAAAGCCUGCCGGCGAGAUAUGCGGAUGACGAGAGAGGUGACAGGGCUGCACGGGAUUACCCGUAAACGAAAACCGCCAUGGUAAUGGUUUUGAUAUUCUGGGGCUACUAGGAAAAGACAACUUUAUUCUUGUUUCUGACUCUGGGCUAUUCUCAGGCAUGUUUGUAUCUCGAAGCCCAAUGACUUUAAACCUUGUUUCAUAUUCCUCACGUAUUUUUGUGUUGAUUACCUUAACAAAUAAACGAACAAUCAUCUUCUGCUA